AAUCAGCGGCGAGAGGCCGUUUUAACGUCCCUCCAUCGCCUCCCCCUGUUACCUCUAGUUUUCUUCUCACCCUCCCCCCCGCGCCCUGCGUCUUCCUCCCUUGCCACAGUCCUUUCCCUCAACGGCCCCUCCAAGACACCGUUCCCCGCGAGCCCCGCCGGUGUACAGCUCUCGCGGACAUGGAGGCCCGGGAGGAGGCUGAGUGGGUAGCAAUAGCUAAUAACCUUCUUUUGAAAUGUCACAUUUGCCUGAGGAUACAAUCUCUUUCAGAAUGUGAUUCGAAUAUGUUUAUUACUCUUUAUCAUUCUAUCUUGGGAGAAGUUGUACCAGACCUCAUAACUGUCCCUAAGAAUCAAGAAGAUCAUGCACACAAUAUACAAGCAAUUAUUGAUUCACUGGCCUUGGAUUACUUGCAGGUCAGCUUGUCCCACAUAACAGGAGAAAAUAUUGUAAAAGGAAAUAAGGAAUCUAUUAAAAAUCUCUUAGAAAUAUUUGAUGGAUUGCUGGAGUAUCUUACAGAAUGUAGUGAGGCAUCCCCUCAAGAAAGAGUUGAAAUUGACCAAGUAGCCAAAGAAUCAAUUCAAGAUAAACUUGCAGAUGAAUCAGACGAAAAGAUUAGACAGACCAAACCAGUGCAGACAAUGGCAUCAUUUGGGAGGUCUUCUCAAUCUUCUGAGCUUUUUCUUCCAUCUUGGGAUGUAGAUGGAUCAGAGUCCACUGGUGAAUUGAUAAGACUUGGGGAUACGGCUCACACAUUUUCUUUAAGGAAAGAUGGAGUUGCACAGGAUAAAAAAGAUUCAACCUUCCAAGUGACCAAGACUCAGGAAGAUUUUGUGAACUCUACCUCAAGUUAUCCUAAUUACCUAACAGAAUUAGCUGCAUCUGCUGAGUCUACAGAAAUUUCUUCCAAGAUUCUGACUCCAAAUGCUAAAAAAUUGGGAGAGCCCAUUCGUUCAGCUAUUCCUUUGCAGCCACCAUACCAUCCUCUUGAGCCUCGGGCACCCUAUCCUAUAGGAAAAGAAUUUUAUCAUACAAGUCACUAUCCCUCAGACUUGAAUGAUGAUGAGAAUCAUAAAAGACCUGUGUUUUCAGGGUCAUUCGAUUCAUUUUCAGAAAGGAUUCAGGGUUCAGAGUCCUACCUCACAUCUGUUGGAGAUACACUGGCAUCUGAAAUGAGUACACAGGAUCAAAGCUGCAGUAUAAAGUGCCUCAAUAGCAUUGAUAUGGUUUCCCCAGCUCCUCACGUGGCUAAAGAAACUAAGCCCUCAGAGUCACAGUCUCACUUAUAUAGCCCUAGAAAACAAAAGUUUCUCAAACUAAUGAGGAGAAUAGAAAGCUGUGAUCUACUCACUGAUAAGCUGUCCCUGCACCAGGGACCAUGUCAUAGGUUGAGUAGGCAAGAAUUGCGCUCAGCUUCAGAGAAACUCUCUCAUCGACUCAGUGAACUAAAUUUAAUGUUAAGAAAUGCCCUGCAUUCAGAGACUAAAGAAAAAGAAGAGAUUAGAGAUGGUGAUGCAUCUUUACAGGACAGUGAUAAUGCCAUCAUUGAUAAUGAACAGUCAAAGAAGUCUCACCCAGGGCCACCUAAGAGAAGCAGACAGUUCCAAGUGGGGAAACUACGAAGACAAAUACAGAAUGAAUCAGAUCUGCUACGAUUCCGAGCAAAGGUGAUAGCAGACUUAUUUGAAAAGCAGUUGCAUAGAAGUGAAAUUCAAGAAGGACCUGGACUUUCAGUGCUGACUACAGACCAGAAAAGAAGAGAACAAGAAUACAAAGAAAAUAUCCAUAAGAGACCUCCAAAAACUCAUCAGCCAGUGAGAGUUUAUUCAAAAAAAAACAUUCCUUGGAAUCUCAAACGCAGCCAGUGGAUUCCUUCUAAAGGGAGCAUCACAAAGGCAAAGAAAGCAGUUCCAUUAAAAAUAAAGGAUGACAAUCUUUUGUCCGUGCUCCUGGAAGAGUUUCCAUACCUCCAAAUUUCUAGCCAAACACUCGCAAAACUGUGGAAACAACAGCUCUUUCAAACUGAACAACUAAGGAAGAUGACAUCUGGAGUGGAACAAUCGAAAAAGAAAUUCCAAUUUAAAGUUGAAGAAGCAUUAAGAAAACACGAUCUCCUUGCUGAAAUUGUUAAGAAAGAACAUGAGCACAAUAAGAGACUGCAAGAUUUUAAGGAACGUGUGUCUAAACAGAAGUCAAUUCAGAUGAAGAUAAAAGAGAGACGACAGCAAAUUAUUCAAGCCAAAAAAUACUACGAGGAUUAUAGAAUUCAAUUACUUGCAAAAAUGAUGCGAGCACGGACGCGUGAAGAAGCGAUAUUUAAGAACCUCUUCAAAGAAGGUUUAGAAAUUCAAAAGCUAAGAUUGCAAGAACUGAGAAACUAUGCUAAAGAUAAGCGGGAAGAACAAAAGAAACUGCAUGAGAAUGAACUGCAGUCAUUGGAGAACUAUUAUAAAGAUCAGUUUGCAAUGCUAGCAGAAGUUGUAUCACAGGAACGGCAAGAAAUCAAAAUGAGAGAGGAAGCCCAAACAAAGACAUUACAUAAAAUGAAAAGGGAAUUGAGAUUCAAGAUGGAGCAAGAAAUUCAGCAGUUGCAAAACAUGAUAAUUAAACAUGAUGAUGACCUCUUCUUUCGAGAAGUGGAAGCUGAACGCCUUAAAGCUCGGCUUCAAAUGGCUUCAUUUCAGUACAGCAAGAGCCAUGUUUUUUGAAAUUUAAGAGCCAACUAUAAAGCAGGUUUUUAUUUUACGUGUGUGUGUGUUAAGCCUGAGCAUGAUAAAUGACAAGAUGAUUGAAAUAAAGAUAACAAUUUCUUAGGGAAUUAUCUACUUUUAAACAACCUCAAUUAAAACAUUGAAUGUAACUAUGAUUUAAGAACUUCUAAUAAAAAAAAUUUUAAUGC